AUGCCAUCGUCCGAACUUCUAAAUAAUCAAACAGUCACAACAAAUGCCGGUGAUAUUCAGGCUGUUUGGAUAACAUUAGCAUCAUUCUAUAAGAUCAUUUAUCGUGGUUAUUUUUCAUUUCUCAUUGUCUUUGGUACAUCGUUUAAUAUUCUGACAGCUAUUAUAUUAUUACGUGAAAAAUUACGACGUUUUUCAACAUGUCGAUAUAUGGCCGUUUGUUCAUUAUUAAAUGCUGGUGUUUUACUAACAAAUACAUUAUAUAUGACGUUGGUAAUGGGAUGGCAAAUUAAUUUACGUAGUUCAGUGUUAUGGUGUCGGAUUCACGUUUUCGUAUCACAAUGGUUUCGUGGCUUUGCCUCAUGGAUACUUGUUAUCGUUGCCAUUGAUAGAUAUCAAGGUUCGAGAAAUUUAAGACCAAGAACACAAUCAAAAAAUAAUAUUGUCACAAUCACGUGUGUCAUUGCUGGUGUAGCAUUAGUUUUUCCAAAUAUUCAUUAUUUGUUACUAAUUGGUGGUGUUGUAACGUUAAAAGCAGGUGAUUUAUCAUAUGAACAUUACGCAUGUUCAUUUCAUAAAAAUUCCACCAAUCCCAUUCAUAGAUGGUUAGCAUUAUCAAAUACUUGGUUGGAAUUAAUCACAAUCAUAUUUAUCCCGAGUAUUUUAACAUUAAUAUUCAAUAUAUUUAUUAUUAAAAAUUCGUUUAUAAAGCCCUUAAAUAAUGAAAAAUUAAAAUCUCGUUCAAAAUCACGUACACGCCGCGUUACCACCAUGCUAUUAGCAUCUAAUAUCGGUUUUUUAGCACUUGUCUCACCAGCACAAAUAUUUUACGCAUUAACGUUCGAUCCUCAUUCAAUUAAAUCCCAAGACAAAUAUUUUUUUUCCUAUAUGAUCAAAGCCCAAAUAUAUCAAUGUUUAAUAAACACUUAUUAUGCUAUGAAUUUCGUUUUCUGUUUUGCAUCAUCAUCUUUUUUUCGACGUGAAAUACAAAAAUUUAUUAACAGUUCAGAUUUAAGACGAAAAUCAGAAACAUCAAGUGCAAAUAAUAUUAUUACCAAUAAAAAAUUUUAUAAUAAUGAUAAAGUUAUGGAAACAACAACGAUGUUAGGUGAAAAUAAAUCAUGUAUGGUUGACGAUACGACUGUAGUCACUGAUUAA